GGGGGUCCAAUCCAAUCAACCACCCGAUCCAUUCUGCCACAGUGCCACGCCGAAAACCCCGUAUAAAACACACAUCGCCCUCCCACGGAUCAAACCACCCUCGGAAACCCCCAAAAAAGCGUCAGGAAGAAGAGAGAGAGAGCCGCGGGAUGGACGGGCCCGUCGGCAAGCUCAUCGACUCGGUGGGCUCCAUCUUCCGCGGCAGCGACAUCCUCCCCUGGUGCGACCGCGACAUCAUCGCCGGUUUCGAAAGCGAGGUUCUGGAGGCUAAAAAUGAAGAACAAAAGAAUGAGAGCCUGAUGAGGCUCUCCUGGGCACUUGUUCACUCGAGGCAGCCUGAAGACGUCAACCGGGGCAUUGGGAUGCUUGAAGCUUCAUUGGACAGGCCUAGCAGCCCAGAGCAAGCAAGGGAGAAGCUCUACUUGUUAGCUGUUGGACGUUAUAGAACUGGGGAUUAUACAAGAAGCCGACAGCUUUUGGAAAGAUGUUUAGAGAUCCAACAUGACUGGAGACAAGCCAUGACUUUGCAAAGGCUCGUUGAAGAAAAAACCAGAAGAGAUGGUAUGAUUGGCAUGGCUAUCAUCACAGGCGCCUUUGGAGUUGUGGGUCUCGUUGCUGGUGGUAUAAUUGCUGCGGCUUCUUCGUCAUCCAGGAGGAGAUGAGGAUAUCUUCUCUCUUGAAGUGAAUAAGAAAUCAAGACGGGCAAAAGCUUGGUGACAGAUGAUCAUCACUUUUGUGCUUAGUGUGAAGGGGUGCUCACUUGUCUUUUCCUGUACUAUGCUCGUGAGACCAACCUUGCAUUGCGUCCAAACGAGAGAUAUAUGUAUUGUUAACAGUAGAUCAAGUCUCAGGAACAUUUCGACUGUUGUACUUUGUGUUGCUGCAGAAGAUGCUGUGACUAUAGUAGAAUAAAUAACAAAAUGCAUAAUACUCUGA